AUGGCCUCGCCGCUCUACACAAGCUCUAAGAUCCUAGAAUCGUCUCUCGAUCUUCUUGACUCGUCACUCAGGUCUCUUGACUCGGCCACUCGCAAUGUUCCCCGGCUUAAGAAGAUUCUCCACACCCAGAAAGUGUUUGGUCUAGUGCCAGAGCUGGACUUGGAAAGCGCCAAAAGAAACUUCGAAACAGAGACACAUCCACAGAUCUCUUAUUUGGUGGAUAAAAUUGAAAAGGAAGUGGCGCGUUUGAAGCGCAAGAAGAUCGGGUUAGAGAGCAAACUCGAGCUUCAACACGUUCGUCUUCAAUCGGCUGAAAACAAUGCCAGAGACUCGCUUCGUGGCCGUGGACCGAAGAACGUGGAUCCGCAGAAGAUGGCCCGCUUAAAGCUUCUUCAGAACAAAAAAGAACGUUUGAAGUACAGUUUGUCUCGAAUGAAUCUUCAAAAUACUCGUGCUCGGCUUAGUGUGAUUCCUUCACUACCACCUCAGGUUUAG